AGCAAGAAAGCCAAGGGCGGAGUUAAUAACAUUUCGAUACUUCACACUGCGAGGCAAACCACUGCACGUCAAAAGAAAAUAACAUGGAAACAAUUUAAGGAUGACCUCCCAGUUCAAAGUGAACCUUCAGCAUGUGAUGAUGUUUGGUCUGACCGCAACAUCAUGAGUGUUUAAUAGUCCUAUUUUUACUCUUCUGACUCUCAGUCCUUUUAUCUGUUUCUUGGUCCUCUCUUAGGACAUUCUUAUAAUGGACAGAGAACUUUUUAAAAUCGAUGACAACUGUGGCGAGCCCUCCACUGCUGAACAGGGCAUGGAAAAAACACAAAAGUUCUUGGAGUCCACUGAUAAACCUGACGUUAAACAGUCAAUAUCCAUGCAGGAUAUGGGUUCUGGUUUAGAUGCAGAGGAGCUGGUUGAUGUUGAGAGCCAAUCAACCCAUAAGAAGGGCGAUAGCAAUGAGGUCCUGGAAAAUAUUCCCGACACAGUGGCUGAGACACCUGGAGAAGAGGAAAAUACAAAACAAAAAGGACAAAAGAAGAAAUCCAAAAAUCCAUUUAUGCCCCAGGUUGUACCAAAGAACAAAACAACGCAGAAAAAGAAUGGAAACCAAAAUGGAGGCGGAGGCAGUGGCGGUGGCAGUGACCUUGCAGAGACUAAAGGACACAAGAAGUCCCUCAUGGAAUGGCUAGAUGAGUUCCGUUUAAGUGAAAAUGAGAAAGAGGAUGAGGAGGAUCUUGAUGGCCUCAUGGAUUGGUGGAACACUGUGGAACAAUGGGAGGACAUGCCCAAAAGUGACAACAUGACAGAGAAAGAGGAAGCCAAGGCUUUUGCUGUAACUGCUGAGAAGGUGCAAAAAGGCAUUUGCGUGUUUAAUAAACUUUUCUCAGAGAGAGCAGAAGGACUAUGGCAGCAUGUGAUUGACCUGCAUGCCAUUGCCGAUGGCCUGGACAGAUUCAACAAGAAGACUAAAAUCGCCCAGAUCACCGGUGGCUCCACCAGCGCUGUGGGAGGUGUUGCUACCAUAACUGGCCUCAUCUUGGCACCUUUCACCAUGGGAACCUCUCUGAUUGUCACUGCGGUUGGCCUUGGUGUUGCCAUGGCAGGCGGGCUUACCUCUGCCUCCGCUGGGAUAUCCAGUACCGUCAACAACUCAAUGGAUCGCAAGAAGGUGGAGCGCAUUGUGGAAGACUACAAGGUGAAGAUGGCUGACCUUAACAAAAGCAUGAAGUUCAUCAAGCAAGGCAUUACAAACCUACGCAAGUUCAACCUGAAUAAGAUGAAGAAGCAUGCCUAUAAUCGAGACUUCCCUUGUUUCGACAAUAUUUAUGAGGAUGGUGCCAUGGCGGGCAAAGCUAUUCUAACUAACGCCAAUGAGAUUAUGCGUGUGAUGCAGAUAGCCAAUGUAGCAGGAACCACUGCAGCACGUGCUGUGCAGAUUGCUAGUAUAUCCACAGGGGUUUUGACUGGGCUUUUUGUCGGAAUGGACAUCUACUUUGUGGCCAAAGACUCUCAUGAGCUUAAAAAUGGUGCAAAGUCAGAAUUUGCUGCGAAAAUCAGAGAGGUGGCAGACCAGCUACAGGAGGGCUUGGUGGAACUUAACAGCAUCCGAAAUGAUUUGCAGUUGACCACCACUCUGAAAGAAGACAAACUUCUAUAAACACUCCUCUGGCUUUAUUAAUACCUUCACACUAGAUGUUUACAAAUUAUAUAGUUAUAUAACUACACUGGCUUCCUUA